AUGCGUUAUCGUUUCACUAUGACUUCCUCUCCUCUGCUUCAACUCGCAUCGUCGCCCAGCCCGCUCCCGCUCGCUUUCGACGUCCGUCCGACCUCCCUGCGGGGAAGCAGCGACUUCUGGGCUUUUUUUCAGCAGCGGCAGGACAAGCUGGAAGACACGACUCGCCAUAGUUUCUCCGACCAAUCCGAGGCCUCCGCGUGUUCCGAGCUGCGCGACAAUCCCGAGUGCCCUAAGGCAAUUGAAGACUCUCGGGUAGAGGAGGACGGUCAAGUGGACGAUGUCAGAAUUAGUGAUGGAGGAAUAGCGAUAGUUAAGACUUCCUCCAGUUCCUCCAGUUUAGUUAGUCCGCAGAAUUUUCUCCAGCAGCAAUUGUCGUUGCCGAAGCGGAGACCGUUAGGCCCGCCAGUGCAGGGCUCGUAUCUGUCGAAGCGCGAAGACGAUAAGGGCAAGAAGCCGUUGUUUUCCUUCGGGGUCAUCACCGAUGUUCAAUACGCGGAUAUCAACGACGGCCAAUCCUUCCUCGGCAUCCCGAGGUUUUACCGCCAUAGCCUCCAAGUGGUAAAGAAGGCGGUCGAGGAUUGGAACCAAUCAACGCGUCCGAUGGCGUUUGCGGUUCAUUUCGGCGAUAUUGUGGAUGGCUUCUGCCCCAGGGACAGGUCCGAGGAAGCUGUUAACACGGUUCUGGAUGCGAUGGCUGGUUUCACAGCCGGUCCCACAUACCACAUGAUCGGCAACCACUGCUUGUACAAUCUGCCUCGCGUGGCUCUCAAUAAGAUGCUCGCCAUCCCCACCGCUGCUGACAACCGCUCUUACUAUGACUUCUCGCCCUUCCCUAACUUCAGGUUCGUAGUUUUGGAUUCGUAUGACGUGAGUCUGCUGGGCUGGCCCGAGGACCAUCCACACGCAGUGAAGGCGAGGGAGGUGCUGGAGAGGGAGAAUCCCAACGAGGAGAAGAACAGCCCUGAAGGACUCGAGGGGCUGAACAGGCGCUUUGUGAAGUUCAAUGGAGGCGUGGGGGAGGAGCAGCUCCGGUGGCUGGAAGGCGUGCUAUCACACAGUCGCCUUCGCACACGUGAAGCCCACACCCCCUUCCCUCCUCACCUGCAUCCAUCCCCCUCGGCCCCCCACUUCCCGUCCUCCUCCCACCCCUCAGGUGCUAGCCACCAUCCACAGGCACGAGUGUGUGGCAGCAGUGAUAGCCGGGCACGCACACUUCGGAGCAUACGCCCUCGACGCCAGAGGCAUCCACCACCGCAUUUUGGAGGGCGCUGUGGAGUGCCCCCUUUCUCCUCCUCCCCAAUCCCCCCUCCUCCUUCCAGCACAGUCGCCUUCGCGCACGUGAAACCCACACCCCCUUCCCUCCUCACCUGCAUCCAUCCCCCUCGGCCCCCUACUUCCCGUCCUCCUCCCACCCCUCAGGUGCUAGCCACCAUCCACAGGCACGAGUGUGUGGCAGCAGUGAUAGCCGGGCACGCACACUUCGGAGCAUACGCCCUCGACGCCAGAGGCAUCCACCACCGCAUUCUGGAGGGCGCUGUGGAGUGCCCCCCUGGCACGGUGGCGUUCGGGCAUGUGGACGUGUAUCCCGACCGCCUGUGCAUCAUUGGCACGGACCGCAUGCUCUGCACUGAGAUGAAGUUCCCCUGCAGGCCUGGCGCUCCUGAUCUGUAG